GGUGCAGUGUACAUCAGUGUCGGCCAGCAGGCACUCCAUGUACUUCUUGAAGAGCCUUUCGUUGCUGAGGAUCUCGUCCAGGUUGACGUUGUCGUACUUGUCGGUGUACUUCUCUUCCGCGGGGGCGGCCAGGGCGACGGCCACCAGGGCGGCGAGGGCCAGGGCGAGAGCGAGACCUCGGUUCAUGGCGGGGUGAAGAUCGGAGCGUCGCUACUUCGGAGAUCUGCACAGAAAGCUGGAAGGCGAGUGGUGCAUCUCGCGUGCAAGCACGCCUUUUUAUAUCAGCUGAGCGAGCGGUUCAUUGACGUGCGCCGAGCCGACAAGACACGCUAUUUUACAGACCCUGGGCUGGAGGAUUGGGUGGAGGCUCGGACUUGGGCUCCUCGUACGCCGGACAGUAGGGGUCGGCACCGGAUUCGACACCACUACCGGAGACAUAGACUAGAGAGAAACAUAGACAAACUUACUGAAUCAGGGCCUUGUUCUUACGAUGACGUCGUCUUCUUCUUCGUCUUCGUCUUCUUGUUCGCCUUCGCCUUCGUCUUUGUCUUUGUCUUUGUCUUCGCUUCCGCGUCCGCGUCCGCUUCCACCUCCGCCUCCGCCUCCGCCUCCGCCUCCGCCUCCGCCUCCGCCUCCGCCUCCACUUCCACCUCCUCCGCCUCCGCCUCCGCCUCCGCCUCCACCUCCUCCGCCUCUGCCGCCGCCUUCGCCGCCACCUCCGCCUUCGCCUUCGCCUCCGCCUACUCCUUCGUCUUCUUAUUUUUACACUACGUAGAAAAUAGUACAUAUACUUGGAAAAGGAGAGACGGCAAUAUUUUACUGCAAGUUACUUCUGGUGUCAACGUCAGAGGUGAAGUGUGUUGGCAACGUCGGCCUUUAACCCGCAAACAAAGGCAGGAGGUAAGGUCGGUUAGCCAGACGGCAGCGACGGCGGCGCAGGAGAAGCAGGCGGCCACGGCGGCGCUGGGACGACGAUUG